GACAUCUCCGAUGAAAGACUCAAAAUGGACCAAUGAAGAGACAAGACAGCCGGAUUGAUGAUCCCUGAAAAUGUUCCGCCUCCGUGAAAGAUACUUCAAUGCAGCGAUUCUGAUCGUGGCGGGGGUCGUGUUGACGAUCGUCUUGGUAAGCAGUCUCCGGAGGGCCGCCGGAAGCCAUGAGGACGCCAUUUUGGUCCCGCCGGACCCGCUCGAUUUCCAGCCGCCAUCUUGGAGCAGCUUGAGAACUUUCAAACGCGGAGCCGUCUGCGCCGAUGGCGUCCCUUGCGCCUCGAUCGGCAGGUCUAUGCUCGAGAGAAAUGGAUCGGCCAUGGAUGCUGCCUUGGCGGCUCUGAUCUGCAAUGGGAUGGUGAAUAUGCAAAGCAUGGGUCUAGGAGGUGGAUUCCUGCUUACAGCUUACGAAAAAGCUUCGGAAAGAGCUUUUGUCCUUAAUGCAAGAGAUGCCGCUCCCCUGGCCGCUCAUGUCCACAUGUUCGACAACCUGCCCUCCCAGGCUUCUCGUGCAGGUGGACUCGCCGUCGCCGUUCCUGGAGAACUCGCCGGCUACUGGGAAGCCCACGAGAGGUUCGGGAAGCUGCCCUGGGCAGAUCUCUUCUGGCCCAGCAUCGAGCUCUGCGAGAACGGGUACAACCUGACGAAACCACAGUAUGGGGACCUGUUUUUCAACAAGGACAACAUCUACGGAGAUCCCGUCCUCAGGGAGUGGUUCAUCGAUCCGGAGACGAGAACCUUCCGGAAACCUGGGUCCAUAAUACGUCCGAAGGAGCUUUGCAAGACCCUGAGGAUAAUAGCCGAAAGAGGUGCCUCGGAAUUGUACAAUGGCAGUCUGGGACGUUUUCUUGUAGAAGAUGUACAGCGACGAGGUGGGGUUCUAUCGAUGCAGGACCUUCGUCAGUACAGAGCCAAAUGGGAAGAACCAGUCGCCACAAAUUUCUCCGAUGGCACGACGUUGUACUCUUCAGGAUUGCCUGGAAGCGGAGCGGUCCUAGCCUUCAUUCUUAAUAUCCUGGAGGGCUAUCGAUUCUCGGCAGCCAGUAUCGCUAGCAUGAACGAGACUGUGAAAACUUAUCACAGGAUUGCGGAAGCUUUCAAAUUCGCGUACGCCAUCAGGUCCGAAAUGGGCGACCAGGACUUCGUCGACAUGGAAGAAAUAACAAGAAACCUGACGUCUAAGGACUACGCCAGGCUGGUGAGGGAAAAGAUCGACGAGAACAGGACCUUCAACGACCCAGAGCAUUAUGGAGUUACCGCCGAAAGUCCUGAAGACCAUGGAACUUCUCAUAUUUCCGUCCUGGCACCCAACGGAGACGCAGUAUCCGUCACCAGCACGGUCAAUUUGUACUUCGGCAGCGGCGUCGUCAGCGAGAGGACGGGUAUUUUGUUGAACAGCGGCAUGGACGACUUCGGUUUACCUUCUCGGCACAGUUAUUUUGGCUUACCGCCCAGCAGAAGCAAUUUAAUAGAGCCCGGGAAGAGGCCGCUUUCUUCCAUGGCGCCCAGCGUCCUCGUGGACCAAAAUGGCGGCGCCAAGAUGGCGAUCGGAGCCGCAGGCGGCACCAAGAUCACCACGGCUCUCGCUUUCGUAAUCGCCCGUUACUUGUGGAUGAACAACUCUCUCAAGGAAGCGGUCGACGCGUCCAGAAUCCACCAUCAGCUCUUCCCGAUGAAGCUACUAUACGAAUAUGGCGUGCCGAAUGCGAUUAUUGACGGUUUAAGAAAGCUGGAUCAUCACACCGAAAGAUACAGAGAUCGCGGUAGCAUCGUCUGUGGCCUUCUUCGUGUCAACGGCACCGUCUUCGCCAACGCCGAUUUCCGAAAAGGCGGCGACGUCUAUGGAAUCGACUAA